AUGAGAAGGGAGGACCCAGUGAAGUAUCUAGUUGAACAUGGAGCCGAUAUCGAAGUUGCUAAUCAGCAUGGCCAUACUUCGCUUAUGAUAGCCGCGUAUCGCCAGAAAGCUGAAGUGGUCAAAUACCUUAUAAGUUGCGGUGCUGAUGUCAACCGGAGCAGUAAAAAAGUGAAGUAUCUAGUUGAACAUGGAGCCGAUAUCGAAGUUGCUAAUCAGCAUGGCCAUACUUCGCUUAUGAUAGCCGCGUAUCGCCAGAAAGCUGAAGUGGUCAAAUACCUUAUAAGUUGCGGUGCUGAUGUCAACCGGAGCAGUAAAAAAGGAAAUACGGCCAUGCACGAUGCCGUAGAAGGCGAGAGUGUUGACGUUUGCGCACUGCUUCUCAAUGCCGGUGCUCGUCUUGUACCAGAUGAGUUUGGAGUUUGUCCUCUCAUGUGUGCCGUCAUGAUUGGCGCAGAUUGGAUCCUACCAAUGCUACUGGAACAUUGUGAAUCAGGAGAGAAACGCCGGGAUGCCCUCAAACUGUUAGGUUGCACGAGAGUUGACAAAAAGAUGGAUAUGGUAGGAGCCAUUGAGGCAUGGAAUGAUGCGCUAAAAGUGCCGUUAACAGAGGAGGAAGCGAAGCAUGUCAGUGGUUUGAUUUUUCCAGAAAAAUCGUUUUAA